UCAGACUUCAGACCUGGCACCUCCGGUAACACGCCGAUUCGCUCUGUGGGCAACUCCCGCGUCCUGCAGCUCGAAUUUGUGGGACGCGAACACAGCUACAGAGUAGACGUUGCAAACAAACCAGAUUUACAACAGCGCGCACUGUGAAUAUAGCAGCUCAGAACGAUUGAGUCGCAGCUGUUACCCGGUUACGUCCUCUCACAUAUGUGCCCAAUAUACCCACCUCGUUCCACUCUGGGUCUUCCAUACUUGUAGACCGCAACUGAGGAUACCUUCACGCUUUUAUAUAAGUCAAAGCGAACUUGCCUUCGCUUCUCCUCUCACCAUGACAAACUCCAACCGUACCUCUGCAAGCAAGUUAUUACCUGCUCUCCACCACGCUCUUUCUGGCUCAGCCGGCACAUUGAUAUCGACAUGCACGAGCUAUCCGUUAUCUCUAGUAGUGACCCGUCUACAGGUACAGCGCCAACUAGCUCGUACCGGUCAUCUCGCCGCAGCCGACGAGUACGCCGGCAUCGUCGACGCCUUUUCUCGGAUCUGGCGGGAUGGCGAGCCGAGUGCAAGCGCUGCAGGCACGCGCCAGAGCAUCGCAGCACUCUAUACUGGCCUGACGACGGAGUCAGCCAAAUCUGUCUUGGACUCUUUUCUAUUCUUUUUGUUCUAUGAGUUCUUCAGGUCUCGGCUGUUGUCGCGGACGCCUGCUCGAAAGAGUGGUGGAGCACGAAGGGUCAUCGAGGAUCUUGCCGUUGGCGUCGCCGCCGGUGCCUGCUCGAGGGCCUUCACGACCCCUAUCUCUAAUGUGGUCACGCGAAAACAGACUGGGGCCAUGGUGGAGGGCGAGAACGCGGAUGCGAGACAACUGAGCGUCCGAGAAAUCGUGAACAGCAUCCUGAAGGAGAAAGGUGUCAAGGGGCUUUGGUCCGGGUACUCGGCCACCUUGGUUCUGACGCUCAACCCGGGCAUCACCUUCUUCCUACAAGACUUUCUGAAACGGAGUAUACUGGGCGACGAUAGUCCGGAAGAUCCCGGUGCUGCAUUGACAUUCCUACUGGCGGCAAGCAGCAAAGCCAUCGCUAGCACGAUCACUUACCCUUUCCAAACGGCCAAGGCUCGUCUCCAAGCUGGCGUACCUGUCACUGCAGAGUCUCGGGAAGGAGAGAACAAAGAAGAGCAAACUGACAGACCCACCGAAUUACAGUCUCCCGAUCGCGCUCUCGACAAAGAAAUCGACGCUAAGCUCAAGGCCACGCGUGCUGUCCAAAAGUUCGCCCAGCAAAGCGUCUUUGGGACUAUUGCACAAAUUGUGCGUACCGAAGGCGUUGGGUCGCUCUACGGCGGCAUUCAUGGCGAGCUGCUCAAAGGUUUCUUUAGUCAUGGCACGACCAUGCUUGCUAAAGAUGUCAUGCAUAAGUUGUUGUUCAAGCUUUACUUGGUUGUGGCUGGCGUGCUCCAGGAACUCAGGGCCAGGCGCCUGCGAAGAGUCGGUGAUGGGUCAGCAGCAGAUAUGCCAACAUCUCUGAGCUUUAGAAGCCCAGGCCCUCACAAUGCGGCUAUAGCACCCACACCUGUCAAGUCUCAAUCUGGCUCGCUAAAUUUCCUUUCCCGACUUUACCCGUUUGCCACGAAAGCCGAUACCGCCAGGCAACCUCAAUCCAGCGCCAAUAUCGUACUGAAUUUUCAGGAUAGAACGCACAGAACGGUUGACGAAGAUUGAGGAGGAAGAAGAAGAAGAAGAAGAGGGAGAAAUUUAAAGGAGAACUUUGUAACCCGAAAAUGAUGGAGGAGAUACAAAUGGAGAGGAGGGUUAAAGCAUGUUUCCCCUAGUUGCUGUGAUAUCUCCUUUUGUAACUACGCGCAUUAGCAGGAGUUUUCUUCUUCUUUUCUUCUUCUAGAUUAGUUGUCUUUUUCUUUUCGGGGGGUCGGGGAGGCGUCAAGCAUAACACAG